AUGUCCACGUUUCACACAUUCGAUCAGGAUCUGUCUCUGACCAAUCAAAAUGACUGCGAAAACUCUACCCGCUUGAUUCUUGCUCAACUGCGCCCAGAAUGGAUUCCUUCAGAAAUCACCUUCGAGGUUUGUAUUUUUUACUCUUCCUUUUUUUGUCUGCAAGUCUCCGUUGAUUUCAGUACUUCUCUGUCGGAAUCACCAAUAAGAUUUUUGCGGCAGGAUUUGGAAAGGAACACGUGAUCUUCCGUGUCUUUGGCCAUAACACCAACAAGGUCAUUGACCGCGAAAAUGAAGUGUCCGCAUGGAGACAACUGGCCGAGUACGGGUUCGCAGCUCCUCUUUACGGAAAGUUUAAUAAUGGGCUUAUUUGCGGAUUCCUGGAGGGAAAGAGUUUGUCUAUCGACCAAAUGAGAAACUCCAGCUUUCACACGUGAGAAAUUUAUUAUAAAAUUGAAAAAAAUUGAGUUGAGCUGCAGGAAUAUUGCAAAGAGAAUCGCUCAGCUUCACACAUCCAUUCCGACUAACGGAAAGUCGUUGAUGUUCGAGAAAAUGCGAACGUUCCUGAACCAGUUUUCUCCAAAAUUUCAAAAACAAACCCAAGAGGUCAGAAAAAAACAUUGGAUUCUGUUGACGCAAUAAUUUUCAGGAGUUCUUCACCAAAAACUUUCCCUCUAAUCUUGAGGCCCAAAUUCACAAAAUUGAGGAGAAAAUUUUAAAACUCAAGGAACCGGUUGCGUUUUGUCACAACGACCUGCUUGUCCACAACAUCGUCUACAACGGAGAAACUAAAUCGAUUGAGUUUAUCGAUUACGAGUACGCAUUCCCGAAUUACGUCCUCUACGAUAUUGCCAACCAUUUCUGUGAAUACGCUGGUGAGGACGCAUUCAUUCGAACUUUCUGACUGUAAACCAAAGACUUUCAGGUGUGGAAGGAUCUCCGGACUACACAAAGUGUCUCUCCAAGAAUGAGAAGUGGCUCUUCAUAAACGACUAUCUCCGUUUCGGGACUGAAAAGCCAGUCUGUGACAUUCGCAUUGCCAACAUGUUCAAGAACUUGCCGUUAUUCGAGGCGGUUAGUUUGACAAAAUCAAAUUCGUCAGUUUCAAUCCGUUUUUCAGGCUUCUCAUCUCUUUUGGGCACUUUGGGCACUCGUUCAAGCUCAAAACUCAACCAUCGACUUCGAUUACCUUGAGUACGCUCAUUCCCGCUUUCAGCAAUACGAAAAACGUCUUCAAAAGUACUCUUCCGGAAGUCGUUGA